AUGGAAUGCUGGAAGUUCUUAGUCUGCUUGAUGUUAAAAGCUCGAGGAUACUCCGAGCAUGAGUACUACUUUUUCUCUUCACCUCCUUCCUCAUCUCUUUUCUUGCACAACGAAGGAACUUUCAAGGAGAAACAUUCAGUCAUGAAGUUACUCCCAUCGUUGUUCGGAUGCUUGGCAUUACAUCGUGCUCUUGCACAGAUCUCACAGGACCCUGGCACUCCAUCUCCAGCAGUCCCUCCAAAGGCAUUGGAGUCCACCACUCUCCAGACCUCUGUAAUCAACAAGCUCAAUUUUACCCCCGGCAAUGUCACACUUGACAACGACCUCGUCGAUUCUGAUACCGCCACCGACUUUGAUGAGAACGAUCCCGAGCACGUCGCAACAUCCGACUCUGAUGACAAUGACGGUGAACACAACCCGCUGGACACUUUCGAGAGUGAAAUCGAUUUCGACAAUGAUAACGUCGCCAUGGGUAAUGCCGAUGGGAAGAAACCGCUCCCAGAUGAUGAUGAGGGACAGGCCAUCGAUGAUGAAGGCGGCCACAAGACAUUCACGCAGGACCAUUGCCAGAAGCUCCACAGAAAUUUCCAUUCUUACAGGCUGAAGCCGAAAAGCCACCACAAGCACAAGAUCCACAAGAAGAACAAGGAUGAUGAUUCAGACAGCGGAGAUGAAUCCGAUGUCGGUGUGAAUUACAAACAUUGCAACACGGAAGUCUUCGCCUCAGCAGUUGAGCUUGGCAAUUGUACGAACGUCAACAACGACCACGGCAACACCGGAUAUCUGCACCGCAGAGAUUUGGCAAAAAGUGCCGGCGGGCCAGAAAAAGGAAAAGGAAAAGGAAAAGGAAAAGGAAAGCACCCGCACAAGAAAGGGGAUUACAACAGUGUCAUGGUCACAUGCUUAGAAAGCGACACCGGGUAUGACUCAGAAACAGCAUCGAACAGUACGAAGAAGGGAGAUCCUGACGUAUCUGAGCCUGAAUCUGAGGACGAGGGUGGCCAUGAUGGUGAAUAUGCGACAUUUUCCUCUGCCUCUGCUACUGGUUUGCACUCAUACAAAGAUCACACCACCACCGAAUCGGCCAAAGAUGUUGAAGAGACUUCAUCCAGUCGUUCCCAUCACGAUGAAGAUGGAACCUCCAAAUUCAAACACCACAAAUCGAUCACAGAUUCUGAGUCUACCGGAACCAGACACCACGAAUCGACUACAGACGUCGAGCCGACCAGCUCAAUAGACAUCGCCAAGGGCAUCUCCAGAACCACCAAGGAGGCAGAAGGUACUGGACAAUCAUCAAGGACCGUCACACAUGUUAUGACUUCCACCAAGGAACACAGACAUAUUGCCGCUUCUGGCAAGGCACUGUAUGCUUCCGGUCUGGCAUCCUAUGCUGCAAGUCUCUCCAAGUAUGCCGUUAGUAUGUCAUCGGACCCCGAUCUUCCAUACAUCACUUUCCCCAGCGGUACAGAGUUGCCGACGCAAACUGGCAGUGUGUCAGAGACUACUCGUGCUCCAGCUGCACCUGACAGUACUGAUCCUGAAGACAACAAGAAGGACAAGACAAAGCAAGAAAAGGAUGGUGAUGAGGGGCAAGAGACAGAAAACGAAGGCGAACAUGACAAGAAGGACGACGACGAAAAACUCCUCCCAUAAGAAAGCAACCUGGCAUGAUACAUCUCAUCUCAUUUAAUACAUCUCAGCUACAACGCUUCAUCGACAGCAUCGACAAUCAUUUGGCAUCCAUAUAUUAAACACUCUUCUCAUUUACAUAAUCAUACAAAACCUAUACCAAAAUAAAAUGUACUGCACUUCCCACAG